AAAUACCACGGUAACAGGCUGCUGUCGUACGGAGGAAGACUCUCCUACACGCUGGCCUUCUUCGCUCUGGACGGCGUGGGUCUGGCCAAUCACGAGCCUCAGGUGCUGAUGAGGGGCGGGCACCUGCACAAGCUGGUCAUCUACACCGAGCUUCCUGCGCCUGAGAACGGCGUCCACACCGGACAGGAGGUUCCUCUGACCGAGCACAAGUGGAAGUAUUUCAACUCUGUGUCUGAUGAAGCCGUGAGUCACGCCGACUUCAUGUCAGUGCUGAGUAACGUGGAGUACAUCAUCAUCAAAGCUUCGUACGGCUCAGGACUGCAGCAGAGCAGGAUCUGUAAUAUCUCUCUGGACACGGCUCUGGAGGCGGAUGAGGCUCGUCAGGGCGGAGACGAGGCGCGGCUGGUGGAGGCGUGUGAGUGUGCGCUGGGAUACGCUGGACUCUCCUGUCAGGAGUGUGCUCCGGGGUUUUACCGUCAGGCCGUGUCUGAGCUCAGCGUGAAGGGCAGAAAGCGUCCGCUCAUUCGGCCCUGCGUCCCCUGCCGCUGCAACAACCACAGCCUGUCAUGUGACCUGGACACGGGCGAAUGUCUGGGCUGCCAGCACAACACCGCAGGAGAGCACUGCCACGUCUGCGCCGCAGGGUAUUAUGGGAAGGUUCAGGGCUCCAUCAGAGACUGCUCACUGUGCACCUGUCCUCUUCGGGGUCAGAGGUGA